AUGGCCUUUGGAGAUGAAAGCGCCACAUCAAGUGGAAUCCAAAACAGCCGCAGACUGGUUAUAAUUGGCUUCACCAUCGCUGCACAAAUAGCGCGACUGCCCUGCCAGCAGGAUCCCCGAGCGGCGGGACAGAUCAAGGCUUUGGCUGAAACCGCUUCCUUUUGA